CUGUCAAUCAGUGUGGCAGAGACUAGCUGGCAUCAGGGAUCGGGGCUCAGGGGCUCUCCCCAGGGUGGGCACCUGCCAAGCGACUCCCAACAACGAUGUCCUUCUCCGGCACCAAUCUCAAGCUGGAGCGGCUAGAGGAGCAGCAGCUGGAGGGCCCCGCCUAUCAGCUAAGCCUCCAGAACCAACCUAGGGGCUGUGGUGACAUGGCAGGCCCUUACCCUGACAGUGAUCUCAUUUCCCAAUGGCUGCGCAGGAGUGUGAAGGCCAAGCUGGCAGAGGCCUGUGACUCGGGCGAGUCUUCCCAGGGGGACAGGGAGGUCCCGGCGAAGAGGACUCUGGAUCCAGAAGGUGCCAAGGACUUUGCCUGGGCCAAGCGGGCCCGGGUAGAGAACAUUGUGUGCAGCAUCAGCAGCUCGUACCGUGAUGGGGGCCUGGAAGAACGGGGCGCCGGGUAUGGCCGCUCCCGCCGGGCCCAGGAGCGGAGCCAGCUCAAGCAGCAGCUGGAGAAGAUGCAUGAGCAAGUGUUCCAGCUGCAGGAGAAACUGUGCCAGAUCUACAGCGGGGUGGCCCAAGAGGAAGGAAGCAACGUGGGGACAGCCUGGUCCCAGGAGCCAGGCAGAGUUGGAGCCAGCACUCGGCGUCCUGGGGGAGGGAGUAGGCACCCUGGCACCCUGGCCGAGGCCUUGAAGGAGGAGCUUGGAGCAGCCAUGACCCAGGUGGUGGACACGGUCGUGCAGGUGUUUGCCCGCGAGCAACCCCCACCGGAGGAGCCCCCCUGCAGUUACCCAAGUGACCAGACAGAGGCACUUCCUCUAGUGGUGAGGAAGAGCCUGCCCCGUGCCCCCCCUGAGCUGGUGGCCGGCACCUUCCCCCAGCCCAUGGCUGUGCCACCAUACCUGGCGGCCUUCAAGGACAGAGCAGCGGGAGAGGCCUACUGGGAGGGUGUGAGCCUGCGCACCAAGCUGUCCUCCCGCCACCUGCUGCGGCCGCACUGUGCCCUCUUCCAGCUGGCAGGGCCAACUGACCGCCAGCUCCCCAAGAGCCAGGCCACAGAGACGCACCGUGGCCUGGAGCCAGCCCUCUACAAGCCCUCAGAGGGCCUCACUCCUGGGCACUUGAAGAAGGCCAAGCUGAUGUUCUUCUACACUCGCUAUCCCAGCUCCGGGACGCUCAAGACCUAUUUCUCCGACGUCAAGUUCAAUCGCUGCAUCACGUCUCAGCUCAUCAAGUGGUUCAGCAACUUCCGGGAGUUCUUCUACAUCCAGAUGGAGAAGUUCUCACGCCAGGCAUUGAGCGAUGGGGUGCUCAGCGCCGAGACGCUGACUGUCACCCGGGACUCAGAGCUGGCACGUGUCCUCAACCAGCACUACAACAAAGCCAAUGACUACGAGAUCCCCAGCAAGUUCCUGGAGGUCUCGCAGAUCACCCUGCGUGAGUUCUUUAGUGCCAUCUCCCGGGGCUGUGAUGCUGACCCCUCCUGGAAGAAAUCCAUCUACAAGGUUAUCUGCAAACUGGAGUGCGACAUCCCCGAUGCCUUCAAAUCCCCCCACAGCCUGCCGGACACUGUGCAUGAGUGACUGGG